AUGUCUUUGUACUUGGAAUAUCGAUUAUAUCCUUUUACAGCUAAUAUAUGUAUAAAUAACAGCAGCACACCGAACCCAGUAGACAAUCCAGCAGACAACUCCAACCAUAAAGAACACUAUCCUGCUUUUGCUCUCCGCUUCUCGCUCUCCAAACCGGCUCCCAACCCAGUCGAUAACUCUAUCCCUGUCCUUCCCCUCCCGACCUCCAAAAGUGUCUUCUUCCGUGCUGUCGUUGCCAAGCUUCUCUGGUUCAUCUCCGGCUGUAUCUUGUCCCUGCCGCUCUCCGACCAAGGUGUCAAGAUCUGGGGCGGUAGCAGCAGCCGCGAAUUCCUCGACAAAGUCGGCCUGGGCCACCGCGACGUAGGCGACCUCGGUCCUAUAUACAGGUUUCAAUGGCGAUACUUCGGGGCCGAGAAUGUCGACACUAAAACCGAUUACAAAGGACAAGAAGUCAACCGGCUCAUCGAGAUACUGUACAAGUUAAAACAUAACCCUUUCGACUAUCACCAGAAAGGUCAUCUCUAUUGCCAGCCCUAUCAGCGCUCGUGUGACGUGGCCCUCGUGGACUUAUAUCCCGGUACCUUUGUUUAUGCUAUAGUUAAUAUCCAUGUCUACCUGGACUAUAUUGAGCUCUUGCAGGAGCAGCUGGUAAGGGGGCUAACUGAGUUCCCGGAGUUAAAGAUUUGUCGUGAUAAUUAG